CUCUUCAAUAGUCACGCAACCUUCUUUCCUUCUUCCUUUUUGAGUCUGUAGGCUUGAGCAACGAAGGAAAUCCGCGACCGAGCGAUCGAUACUGGAAUAGUGAAGUCGCUCCUCGUGGCAUCACCUCGAACGAAAUGGCGUCCAAGCUCCUCUUAUCCCUGGUUUUAGCCGUAACCGUGAUCACGGUGGCAGUGCAAGGUGGUGGCGGCCAAAGCCCGAGUGGACCUCGAGUCUUGGCUCUCCUGGACAAUUUGUCCAUCAAAGAGAGCCAUUCCCAAUUCUUCAAAUCGUUGAUUGAUCGUGGAUUCUCGCUCACCUUCAAAACGGCCGAUGAUCCCAAUUUGGUGCUCAAGAAGUAUGGCGAAUUCCUCUACGAUCAUUUGGUGCUAUUCUGUCCGACCGUAGAAGAGUUUGGUGGAUCGCUCUCCGUGGAGGCCAUCACGGAUUUCAUCGAUCAGGGUGGUAAUGUUCUCGUGGCCGGAUCCACUCACACCGGCGAUAUCUUGCGUGAGAUUGCCUCCGAAGUUGGAUUCGAAGCCGAUGAAGAGAACAACGCCGUGAUUGAUCAUCUCAAUUUCGACACGAUCAAGGAUGAAGGCCAACAUUCGCUGAUCGUGGCUGAUCCCGAUCAUCUGAUCAAAGCCGCCGCUAUGGUGGGUCCGGCCAUUGCUCAAGGCUCGCCGUUCUUGUAUCGAGGCACGGGCAUCAUCGUGGACCGCGAGAAUCCUCUCGUUUUGGAAGUCUUGACCGCCUCGUCUACCGCUUAUAGCCACAAUCCGGAUGAGCCCAUCACCGAGUACCCGCACGCCACCGGCAAAAACACCGUACUCAUCGCCGGACUCCAAGCUCGAAACAAUGCUCGCGUCAUCUUCUCCGGGUCUUUGGACUUCUUCUCGGAUGAGUUUUUCGCCUCCUCCGUCCAACGAUUCGGGGAUUCAGCUCAAAAGGCCAGCGGCAACCAGGCUUUGGCCGCAUCUCUGAGCGCUUGGUGCUUUAAGCAAUCCGGUGUUUUGAGGGUGACUGAGGUCAAACAUCAUCGGGUGGGCGAGACUCAGGCCCCGAAUGAACUGACCUACACCAUCAAGGAGGACGUGAUCUACACCAUCGGGAUUGAGGAGUUCAAGGACGGCCAAUGGGUGCCCUACAAGUCUUCGGAUGUCCAAAUGGAGUUCGUGCGGAUUGAUCCUUUCGUUCGGCUCACCCUCAAAGGCAACAAUGGCAAAUUCCAAGGCAAAUUCAAGAUCCCUGAUGUCUAUGGCGUGUACCAAUUCAAGGUGGACUAUGUCAAGCCAGGCAUGACGCGUCUAUUCUCGGCCACUCAAUUCUCAGUCCGGCCUUUGCGUCAUGACCAAUACGAGAGGUUCAUCACAUCGGCCUACCCUUACUAUGCCUCGGCUUUCAGUAUGAUGGCCGGUGUGGUGCUCUUUAGCGUCGUAUUUCUUCAUUACAAAGAGGAUGGGCCCAAAGCCAAGACCGAAUAAUAAAUAUGAGCGUGGCAUUUACCGAUUGAUGUGUUUUUCGUUGCUAACUUUUAUUAACGCAUUGAAAUAAAGCUUUUGUGUCCCCACUUUUCCAAACAAA